AUGCAAGGAAGAACAAUUUACAGGUUGGAACCACGACUCAAAUCAAUGAGCAAAGCUGAGGGUAACUUUUGGGUUCCGAAUGCUGCUAUCACAGAACAUGCGCUAACCCGACGUUUGGGAGAACUUGACAAGGAGAAGACGAUGUUCCAGGCGGAUUAUCGUUACCGACAGCGUGAACUUCAAAAGGAGCUCCGGAACAUUCGGGCAUCUAAACCGGCAGAGUCUACACGACAUAGCCAGUCCCGUCGAUUCUCCCAUAGGCAAUCGGCUGAUCCCACCAGCCUCACCGACAUGAUAGACCGAUUUAAAAGAAAGAGAACAGAUCAGGAAUAUUUACAGGAUCAGCUACGACAGCGACGGGAUAGUCUUGUCAGUUCUAUCGGUUCCAAACAAGGCCAAAGCCACCAUUUGGUACGAGAGGACACCACAGAUUCGGAUAUCUGGGAUGUUGACCGACCGGGUUGUCCAGAACCUCCGGUCGGAACCAUACUAGAAGACAUGCGGACAGCUUUGAUUAUAGCUGAGCAGACUCGGAAUAUAAAUAAAGCUACAUGUCAUAAAGAAGCUGGCAUCAGGCGUCCUCAAGAAUCCAGACUAAAGAAAUCAUAUUCUCGUGACGUCACGUAUCCAAGAGGAUUAUCUCAUCGCUCUAGCAAGCGAAGACCACGAGAAGGAUCACGCGCAAUUAAAGGCGCAUCGAAACGAAAUGCACUUGAUUCCGUUUCGAAGGAUAAGAAUUGUGAGGACGUAAAAGAAGAUAAGAUAGAAUCUGACUCAGAAGGAAAUAACACUAGCAUAACUGAUCAUCAUAUAAGAAAUGAGGAAGAAGCUGUUAUGUUCAAUGUUAUGGCAAAUAAACCGUAUCCAAAUAUAGACGACGCUAAAAUGGAAAGUGGCCCCGACUCAGGGGUUGUCGCAAUGACUGAUUUGAAAGACGGAGAAAAAAUUGACCCGUGUGUAGAAGGACUAAGUCUAAAACGGAAAGAGAAACAACUUACAAAACAGGAUUUAGAAAACGAUACUAACAUUAUACAACGACGAUGCUCGGAACCGGUGAUCGUGGGAGAAAAAUUGACUCUCAACUUCAAGAGAGACUAUAUCAUACCAGAAGAAACGCUUCCUGGCUUUAAGAAACACGUGAUUGUGCGACGAUUCUCGGAAAAUGAUAAGUACCAAUGUAAUUUCAUCAAGGAUUUAAUAGAUGACGAUAAAAGUUCAACGGACAGUGAUAAAGAAACAUUAGAAAUGUCGGAAUCUGACGUCAUAUGGGAUGACGUCAGACGCUGUCGUUACCUACGUGGUUAUGACCCGCCUAUUAUGAUAAUGCCAAAAGAAGAAAUUUCAAUGUUUGUCUUUGGGAGGGAUGAAAAUGAUAUUCUAGAAUUAAGGCGGGAAAAACCUCUGGGUGUUUGA